UGGGGAAGAAGUAGAUAAGCAGUCACAGUUGGGAGUGAUUCAGUCUGCUUUCUCUGCCACUUCUUUGGCUAACAUUCCUUUGGUGAUUGUCACAUGUUUAUGAACUAGCAGUCUUCCUUGUUCUCUGGGACAGUUAAUCAUCUAGUACGGAGAGGGUGCGAGAAGGCACCACUCCUAUUUGUGAAAUGUGGGUCUGUAUGGCUGUCGUCUGUUCAGCUGGUGUGAACUCAACAGAUCCAAAAGGAAAUCAGUAUUUAGGAGCCUGUUCUGGAUUGAAAACCAAGGAACCACUCUUGACCUAGUAGUCAUAUUAGUCACAACAUAUGCAACAUCAGUGAAGAAAGCACACUUGGGAAAUUUCACUUGUUGUUUGACUUGUCCUGCUGCUUUAAGGGAAAAUAGUUACUCCAGAAGCCAUUGGGUUCUUGUCUGCAGUUGGAGUCUUUAUUGUCCUCCUCACCGUUCUUUUCCUCUUAAUCAACAAGAAACUGUGCUUCGAAAAGAUAGGUGGACUCCCAUGCUUGGAGAAACCAGGGAGACGAAAACACUACAAAGAGAGGUCUGGAGUUCAUGAGGGCCUGGCUCGCAGAAUUGUAAGUGUGGCAUGCUGGCAAAACUGAACAACUGAUCAUCCGGUACUGGUCAUGGUAUAAAUAUGGCUUCUCAGAAUGCUCAGAGCUUCCUCCAGCCCCUCUCCUCUUGGAUGUCCCGGAUGUACGAAGCGGUCCAACAGGCAGGAGACUCCUUGUCUGCUUCCUUGGUCAACUUGAGCAGAGUGGACCACAAGCCGGAGGAAGAUCAAAAUCAGGACUUAGAAGACAGUGACAGCGUUUAUGAGGACUAUUCUGAAGAUGCAGAAGAUGAAGGAAGCAUUAGCCUGAACAUACCAGGUGCUGAGGAUAUGCAUCCCACAGACAGUCACUCUCCAUCAACAAGUCAGGAUCUUGAUUCCCAGGUGCCUGCCCAUGGCUCCGACAUGGAUCUGCAAUGGCAGAAAAGAGUGAGAAGCAACACCAACUCCUCAGAGCAAUGGCCAGAUGACACCAGCUCUUUGUCAUCUCAGAGAUUUUACCAGGAAUGUGAUGACCACCAGCUGUUAGAUAUGCUUCCUGCCAUACCCGAAGAGGAAGGCUACCUCAACAGGCAGAUAAAGGACCUUCAGCGUGACCUUGAUGUGGCUGGCUCGUUAGAAAAUAUUAAUGGAAAGGCAUAUGUGUCAGUGAACAGUUAUGGGGAGGAUGAAGAGCUAACCACAUCUUCAGAUAGCGACGACGAGGUGAUUAAACAGUUUGCCAUCUCUGUGUCACGCUCGCAGAGUUUUCGCUCAGGGGUGUCUGAAAAGGCAACACAAGCAGGUUCAGAGCGUAGACCUAAAUUCAACCACUUGCUGUCCAACCACGAGGAGGACAGUACCGAGACAUCUGAAUGCGAAGAUCUGGAUGGGCUAAGCCAACUGAGUUUCCAAGACAACCUAUCCUAUCCUGAAGAUGACCACAUAUCUGUUGAUUCAAGAACUGCCUCUGAGAGCCGGGGUACCAAAGACCCUGGAAUGGAGGCUAGCAUUACCCAUAGCCUUAGCCAGCAAGCCACAGAUGGGAGCUUGCAAAUGGAGACGGCAUUCAGCAACCAGGGAUUUGAAGGGAAUGAUGCUACGGACAGCUCAUCAGCUUGGAGCCCUGAGGACCAUGAAGGAGGGAAUAGUCUUCCAGCUCAUCACAGUGCCCAUGAACCGAUUUCUAAAUGCGGUGACCUAGAUGUCAUUUUCGAUUAUAAGGCCUCAAGCCAAAAGCUGCUGGUUACUAUUGUGGAAGCUAAGGAUAUCCCGGACAAAGACCGCAGUGGUGUGAACACCUGGCAAGUUCACACAGUUCUGAUGCCCAGCAAGAAACAGAGGGGAAAGACAAGCGUUCAGAGAGGACCCAUCCCAGUGUUCAAGGACAAAAUGACUUUUCAUAAGCUGGAGCCAGAGGACCUGGGUAGCUACGCACUCAGAUUCCGUCUCUAUGCAGUGCGCAAAAUGAUCCGGGAGAAGAUGAUGGGGGAGCAACUGUUUUACCUGAGCCGCUUAAACCAGGAGGGGGAAGUGAAGGUGACCCUGGUUUUGGAGCCAAGGAGCAAUAUGAGCAGCGGNGACUCUCAGAUCAGUCUGUCGGCCAUCUCUCACAGCGAUAGUGCUUCUUCCACACAGUCCCUGUCACAUGGAGGCGUUCCGGAGUUGCUGGUGGGAUUGUCGUACAAUGCUACUACUGGACGAUUGUCAGUAGAAAUGAUCAAAGGCAGUCAUUUCCGCAACCUUGCUAUUAACAGGCCGCCUGACACCUAUGGAAAGCUCUGCCUUCUCAACUCCAUGGGCCAGGAGAUGUCUCGUUGCAAGACAUCCAUCCGUCGAGGCCAACCAAACCCCAUCUACAAGGAGACAUUCGUCUUCCAGAUUGCCCUGUUCCAGCUUUCUGACGUGACACUGAUGAUCUCCAUCUAUAACCGGCGCAGCAUGAAGCGCAAGGAGAUGAUUGGCUGGAUUUCUAUGGGUCAGAACAGCAGCGGAGAAGAAGAGCAAAACCACUGGCAGGAAAUGAAAGAAACAAAAGGGCAGCAGGUCUGCAGGUGGCAUACCUUGCUAGAAUCCUAAGCAUCCCUGAGAUUCUGGCACUGCCCUCUGGCCCUCCUAUAAUCACCCUGCUGAGAGCACCCGUCCCAUAGCAAACACUAUGAAUCAUCUGGGUCGAUUUUAACUGAAUUUUUAAAAUUUAGUGUACGCAGUGAAUGUAGGUGCUGGGGCCCGCUGAGGAAAUUUACCUGUUGCCUUUGAGGGUUUUCAUACAUUUUCUCACCCAAUAAAAACCAGAAGGGAAGUAGUUAUGAAAAACACCAAGCUGCUUCUACCCUCUUCAUUGAUCUAAAUUGCGUUUGAUGCUGGUUUCUUCUGGUGUCAUGUCUUUCUCCCACCUUCAUAUUAUUAAUGUCCUUGAUACAUAGAUCAUGUCCUUAGACUAGCGCUGCAUGCUACUCACCUUUCCUUUUACUAGUGUUUUUAAAGCCUAGAAAUACACGUUUGAUACCAGUUAAGACUGAUUAAUAUGUUUUCAGGUAGCAUGGGAAAGCACUAAAGAUUUUUCUGUAAACUUUUAAGUGCCUAGAGAUUGCCAUUACUUUCUUGUAUUAGCAAUGAUAUCAUAACUAGUAUAUGAAGUAAGCAUGUUUCCUUUCUUGUGCAACUUGUGUCACCAGGUGUUUGUAUGAGGUAAUGGGUGUCAGUUUGUCAACAGUUGUCUAACGCAUGCUUUAGAUGUUUCCCUCGUAUCUUAGCUCAUGGCUUCUAUUGUGAAUACAGAAAAAAAAAGA